CUCAGCUGAGCUUUGACAGUUCCGUGCUGCACCAGCAACCUCCAAAUGCUGGGUUUUGAAGCAGACAAGUUUUCGCCACCGAGCAGGAAUCUUCCGGGAGCCACUCAUCCCACGCCGUCGGCAGCCGAACGGAGGUGGUGGCUGCAGAGGAGAGAGAGGAACGGCCCGGGUGGAAGCUGCUCCCCAGGCACACCAGAAAGUUCGUGCCAAGGAAAAGUGGUGCAGUGGAGUGAUGGGGCAACCCGAAUCGCGGAAGCUUUCCUGGGGAGCACUGGUGCUGCUCUGGCUUCUGCAGGAGGAGGCAAUGGGAUCUUCCUUCCCGGAAAGGAAAGGAGCAGGUUGGACCCAGGGGCCUGGAGCUAUCAUUGGAGAACAUUCUCAAAUUGGGGAGCGAAAGACUCGAGAAACCACAUCUGAAGACAAAAGGACACAAAUCAGCCAAGAUUUUUCAGGAAGGAGUUUGACUAUUGACACUCUGACAGACAAUGAAACCCAGAUUGUGGAAGACAAUCACAGCUACUAUUUAUCCCGAAUUUAUGGUCCCGAAGAGAUGCAAGCUAAGGAACUUUGGGUCGAGGUGGCUGAAGCCAACAGGAGCCAAGUAAAAAUCCAUGGAAUCCUGUCCAAUACACACAGACAAGCUUCGAGAGUCAUCUUAUCCUUUGAUUUCCCUUUCUAUGGCCAUUACUUGCGGCAGGUCACCAUAGCAACAGGAGGUUUUAUUUUCAUGGGCGAUGUCAUUCAUCGAAUGCUGACAGCUACACAGUAUAUUGCCCCUCUGAUGGCAAACUUCAAUCCUGGCUAUUCACGCAACUCCACUGUCAAAUAUUUUGACAACGGAACCAUGUUUGUUGUCCAGUGGGAUCAAGUUUAUCUAGAAGGGAAAGAAGACAAAGGCUGUUUCAUCUUCCAGGCAGCUUUGUACAAGAGUGGCAGAAUUGUCUUUGGUUACAAGGAGAUUCCCAUGUCAGUGCUUGAAAUUAGUUCUACACAACAUCCUGUCAAAGCUGGUCUUUCAGAUGCUUUUAUGAUCCUUAACUCUUCCCCUGAAUCUCACCAUCGGACCAUAUAUGAAUACCACAGAGUGGAACUGGAUACUAGCAAGAUCACUAGUGCAUCAGCUGUGGAAUUUUUGCCUCUACCCACUUGUCUCCAGCUUCACAACUGUGAAGCCUGUAUGACAUCUGGCCUAAAUUUCAACUGUAGUUGGUGCCAUGUUCUGCAGAGGUGCUCCAGUGGCCUUGACCGAUACCGUGAAGAAUGGCUGGAAUACGGUUGCGGCCAAGAAUCAGAGGAGAAGACUUGUGCAGAGUUUGAGGAGGAUGAACACUAUAUGUCUUCAACUCCCAAUCAUAGCCCCUUUACACCAUUUCCAGAAGAUACCAUCACGUCAUCCUCUCAAUUUAUAGACAGCUUAACUACAGAAGAUGACACAAAGUUGAACCAGAAUCUAGGAGAAGAAGGUUUGAGAGAUCGUGUCCCUACAAAAAAGGGGGGAUCCCAAAUCCAUACAGGAACAAUUGUUGGUAUCCUCCUCGCAGUUCUUCUGAUUGCUGCUAUUAUUCUUGCUGGCAUCUAUAUCACCAGUAAUCCUACUUCAACUGCUGCUCUGUUCUUCAUUGAGCGAAGACCACAUCAGUGGCCUACCAUGAAGUUCAGAAACCGCUCACCUUACACUGAAGUAGAACCAUCUGGUCAGGAAAAGGACAGUUUUGUUGAAGCAGAUCAGUGUUAAAGAGUAUACCUCCUUUAUUGCUCCUAUACCUUUAAUCAAGUCUCCCAUCUACUGUUUUAUUUUAUGAUGGGUAUAGCUGAAAGGGGGAGGGGAAGGAAAAUCAAGCAAAAUUAAAAAGAAGCCCCAAGGGAGGAUUGGAAUGGAUAAACUAAGAGUGCUUUGAAAUGGGAUGGGUGGCAAAUAAAUUUCAUAAUCAAUCAAUCAAUAAAAUAAAAUAUUAAAACAGGAGGCACAUAUGGCAUAGGGCUACCGGGUAAAUCAUGAAGAAAAGUUAUGACUUCACUGCAGAAGUUAAUAGUACCUGACUAUCUUGCAUGAAUAUUGUCAGGUGUAGCCAUCUGUAGAUAUUAUGGACUAUGGGAAACAUCCUCUGCCCAACCCAUCUUUGUAGACAUUCUAACGGUAAUUGUACAGUGCCAAAAUAAUGUGUGGAACUAUUUUCCUCCUUCAAAUACAGAUUAGGAAAGAGGGAAAUAUAAUUUUCUAGCUAAGAUUGAAGAUGUCCUGCUAAACUUUCCUUGAAAGAUAUGAAGGUUUUUUAAAAUUAGAGAGCCAUGGAACAGCUGGUCUGACUUGGACUUUUCAAAACCUCAGCCUAGUCACCAUAGUUAUUGAAUGAAGCAUCUCAGUUUGGGCUGGGCCUGAAAUGCAGCCUUAAGUGGAAUGGUGACAUACAAUUAGCCAAAUCGGAGGAGGUUAAUUAGAGGCAUUUCCAUUGACAGUAAUUUUCUCUACCUGCCAUUGAACUAGUCAGAAGAUAAAACUUUGUACCAAGCAAACUCAUAUUACUUCUGCUAUGAAUUGUUCUAUUAUUUUGUAUUCUUUCUAAAGGCUUAAAAGCCAAAUAUGGACAUAGAUUUCUGUAGCAGAACAAAGUGGAAAAUUUUCUCAACAGGAUGUAGACAUGUUUAUUUUCAUGAAGGAAAUACUAAAUUUGUGAAAUUUAUGACUAGAAAUUUAUUUUUUUAUAUGUCCAUAUCACCAUUUUUCUUCUAAUUCUAUUUCUGCUUCAAUUAAAAAUGAUACCAAAGGUAGGAAUCAGGAUUGCAAAUAUCAGGGUUAUUUCCAGGCUCAUUUUAAAUUGUGGAUAUUUAAUUUUUUAAAAAGUUUUGGAAAUUGUGUGAUUCUUUAGAUUUUGCUCAAUUUCCUAUUUUUCCUUAUAUAAGAGAGUAACUGCAUCUCUAAAAGGAUAGAAUAGAAUGUUGCAAACUAUUUCUCACUUAAACAAUUUGCUGUUCCAUGAACCAUGCAUUCCAAAACACACUACAUCCAGAUGGGAAUCGAACUCAGAACAUGGAUCAGAUUGACUCGGUGGCACAUAAGUGAUCCUGGUGGGUUAGCAUUGGACAAAGUACUGGCUUUGUAACACUCCCAAGGUUUUGCCAAGAAGGAAAUUAUACCAUUUACAAUUUACAAUUAGUGAAUGUUAUUGUACAAACAGCACUAUUUUGCCUUGCACUGGCGUUUUAUACAGUCAUUGGCAGGAAUGCUUGCUUUGUCCUAUUUGCCACCCAGUAAAAUAGUUGAAUGUCAGAACUGGGGUAAAAAGACUACCACAGUAUAGCAGGAUAAGCAGUCCAGUGGCUUGUCAACAUCAUAAAAACAUGAAAUCCCCAAAUUUCAUUCUUUUUGUUCAGAUGCAAAAAAACCAAAAAACUUGCUUUGUUUUCCUUGUUGGCUGGCAAAGAAACACUGAUUGGCUGAGACAUUUUUAAUUCAUCUUUUGGUACAGAAAGGGUUCUGAUUUUUCUCCCUGAUUUGGAAAAAGUAGUCUAUACUAUUUUGGUAUCUUCCAAUAGUCAGAUCUGUCCUACUAAAUCCUGCUUUGUUUUAAUUCUAAAACAAGAUUUAGGAGAUAGAACAUACAUUGUUUAUCAAUCCAGGUCUUUUCUCCAUCCAUCCCAUGUCAGCCUCUAUUGUUCCCACCAACAUAUAAAUACAGACAGCAAACCAAAAUUAAGGAGCGUAAAUAUGAAACGCUGUCCACUUACAUUACAGUAAGUAGUAAACCACAACCCACAUCUCCUCCCUUUAUUCCAGGUAAUAUUUCAUAUGGACGUAACUUUUCAUCACAUUUUGAAUUUCCCAUGUAUGCUUAUUAUGUAUAUUGGCUGUUAUAUGCAGGGGAAAGAGAAAAGCAGGGACAUUAUAUUGCUAAUCCAUUAUAUGUUAAUUUAAUUAACUACCAGAAACUUAGCCAAACUUAUUUGUUAGUGUAUGUCAUAUCUUAAAGAUAACUUAUUGUACUUUAGCCCAGAGAUGUUAAAUACUUUCCAGGGGUGUCAAACUGGCAGACCGCAGACCGGAUGCGUCACAUACAGGCCACGCACACCUCAGCUCUGCAAAGGGAAAAAACAUCAUGAUACAUCACGUGAUGGCAAUGUUUCACCACAAGUUUGACACCUGUGCUUUAUGCUAUCCAUACUGUAUGGCGAGAUUGCACAUAUUGAAAAUAAAUGUGUCAUGGUCUCUUAGUUAAAGGUGCGACAAGAGAGGAAAUCACCUCUAAUUUUACAUAUAGGGAUGCAUCCUAUAUCUGCUCCUUCGCAUAGUGCUCCCUGACUCUGAGGUUUGACCAAGCUUUUCUGUCCAAGGGGUUUUUUCAAGAUCGAACUUUAAUUGAAAAUAAAUGCACAGCAAUGCAAAAUUGAAGAAAAUGAAAUUGGAGCUAUUACCAGUAUUUUAUAUAUCUUUGCUGAACAUUUUUAAAAAGACCAAAGAAAAGUAGCAACAAUAAAAACCAAAUAUGAAAUAACAUUUCUCAAAUCCCCAUCUUGGAAAAUAUUUAUAAAGAAUUUAUAAUUAAAUAUACCUUAUUAUUUAAUCACAACUGUUAGAAUGCUUCUGUAAAGAGGUGUAUUAGGAAGAGAGAACACAGGCCUAAAAAUUGCACACAACUGUUUUUGAAAAAAUUGUCUCACAAUCAAAAGGAUGCAAUUAAAAACAGAAAAAAAACCAUCAUCCUUUAACUCCACUCCAUACUGGUUUACAUGGAUGUUUUAUAAACUUGUUUGGGGGCAAUUUCCUGUUUUCAAGUUCAAAAUGUAAAAUAAAGUACUUUGUUCCUUUGCUAAAACAUCACACUAGCUCAUAGUUUGUUUUACCAUGCUUCAUUAAAUAAAUCACAAAAUGCUAAGCCAUGAACCAUGAUGUACAAAUUAUAGAGUUUGGAUUCAUAGUGUGCUAAACCAAAAAUAUGCCUUUUGGUUUAGUGCAAAAUGUGAAUGUAUGCAUCAUAAUAUUGACCAGAGUCUGCAGUUACUCUGAGGCUGGUUUCAUACAUCAUGGUAAAAGUUCAGUUUUGCUUAGCAUGUUGCAUGAACUCAGCCAUAGUGACCUACAGAUCAUAAUAUUUAAGUUUAGUAUGUUAUACAAACCCAGCCACUUUCAGGUUUAUUAAUACACUGUUACACCAUGGGUUAGCAUAAUGUGUAAGGCCAGGUCCUGGGUCUCUUGGAACUAUAUAGAUAGCUAGAGGUCAUGUUUAUGGAAAUUGCCAAAUUUGGAUGUGUUGAACAUAUCUGAUCUAUAAAGAGUCCUUGCAGCAACUCCCUCUGUAUAUAAAAAUCCUUUCAGUUAAUAUUAUUUAUCUCAUAGCAAUGCAAGGCCUAAUUUCUUUCUACAUACUUGAAUUUAUAGUAUAUUUCUAUUUUGGGAAAGAUGAAGUAGGAAAGCUUCAGGCAAAGCAUUUAAUAUGGAUUAUUUGCAUGGAAUGAAAUGUUGAUACUACAAUAAUACAUAAUAUUAAGUACUAAAAUACUUUUCAGAUUGCUUCAAGUUUCAGAAUAAAAAACCAAAAUUGUGACUGAUCUUCGGAUGGAUUUGUGUUACAUCAAUAUGAUUGCAUAGCCAUUCUGUCAUUCAUAAUAUGUGUGAAUAACUUCCAAUGCAAUUAAACUAAAAUCUACACUUUGA